UUUUUUAUCUGGAAUUACCUGGAUUUAGACUGUUUACCUGAUUGAACUGCCUUCCUGGUGCUGAACCUCACCUGCCUCACGAUUCUCACAGAAAACCUGUUCCGAUGCAUCCAGCAAGCAAACCGGAGAGGAAUCUGAUGAAAAAUAAUGUUCCAGCAAAGUAUGAUAGAGGACAGUGGGCCAACAAGAGGGAGUUCAUUUUGGCAUUAGUCGGAGAAAUCAUUGGUCUGAGCAAUGUCUGGAGAUUUCCAUAUCUGUGCUUCAAAAAUGGAGGAGGUGUUUUCUUGGUUCCCUAUGUUUUGGUCCUGUUCACCUGUGGAAUCCCCAUCUUCUUUCUGGAGGUGUCUCUGGGCCAGUUGACUGCUCAGGGUGGAAUUACAUGUUGGAGGAAAAUAUGUCCGUUGUUUGAAGGCUUAGGCUACGGCAGUCAGGUGAUUCUGCUAUACUAUGCGAUGUAUUAUAUUGUCAUCUUGGCUUGGGCCUCCUGCUACCUCUUCUCCACCUUCCACACUAUACUCCCCUGGGCCAGCUGUAAUAACACCUGGAACACAAAGGACUGUGUCGAUUAUAAACUGAAUCAUUCAUCUAAUGGCCACAUUUCUCAGAACGCAACAUCUUCAGUUGAAGAAUUCUGGCAGAGGAGAAUCCUAGGUUUGUCUGGAGGAAUUGAAGAAGUAGGUAGUAUCCGCUGGGACCUGGCAGGAUGUCUUCUGCUGAGCUCCAGCGCAGCCUCUUACUGUGUUUGGUCAACCUUCAGUUUUAUUUUAUCUAUACUGCUGCUUCUCUUUCAGGUUGUCUACUUCACAGCCACAUUCCCUUAUGUGAUGAUAUUUGCUUUUCUAAUCCGUGGUGUGACACUGCCAGGAGCCAGAGACGGUAUUAGAUUCUACCUCUAUCCUGACCCAGCACGUCUAACUGAUCCUCAGGUGUGGAUGGAUGCUGGGAGCCAGAUAUUAUUCUCCUUUGCUGUCUGCUUAGGCUGUUUGCAAGCCUUAGGAAGCUACAACAAAUACAACAACAACUGCUACAAAGAUGCAUUUGCCCUGUGCCUGUUGAACAGUGCGACCAGCUUUGUCUCUGGCUUUGCAGUCUUCUCUGUCCUCGGCUUUAUGUCUCAUGAGUUUGGUGUCAACAUCUCAACAGUAGCUGAAUCAGGUCCCGGCCUGGUAUUUAUUGCCUAUCCUCGGGCAGUAGCCAUGAUGCCUUUGCCCCAACUUUGGGCUGUGCUCUUCUUCAUUAUGAUAAUCUUCCUUGGACUGGAUAGUGAGUUUGUGUGUCUGGAAGGCCUGGUCACUUCCAUAUCAGACAUGUAUCCAUCCUUCUUUUUCAUGGGUCAUCGACGUAAACUACUCUCGCUGUUCAUCUGUGUUGUAUCCUUUCUGGUUGGUCUCUCUAUGGUCACUGAGGGAGGACUUUAUGUGUUUCAGCUUUUUGACUACUAUGCCUGCAGUGGAAUCCCAUUGAUGAUUUUUGGCAUUUUGGAGUGCAUUUGUGUAGGAUGGGUAUAUGGUGCUGAUCGUUACUACAAUAAUAUUACCGACAUGAUUAACUACCGCCCAUCGCCGUAUAUGAAAUACUGCUGGAGGUUCGUCACUCCAUGUGUGGCUACAGGCAUAUUACUCUUCUCUCUGGUCAAAUUCAACCGUCUGAGCUACAAUAACACCUACCAGUACCCCUGGUGGAGCCAUGUCCUCGGGCUGAUUCUUUCUUUCUCUUCAGUCCUCAUGGCACCGCUGUGGGUUCUCUACAGUCUGGCUGUAACUCCAGGAACACUGAGACAGAGACUGAAGGUGACAACGACUCCAGCAGAGGAACUGUUCAGAGCACCACCGAAAACUCUCAGGUCUGAAACCUGUCCUCCCAACGAAGAACACGAACUGUGUUCUUUGAACUAGUGCUGGGCAAUAUGACCAAAAAUGUGUAUCACAGUAUUUUUUAAGAUUCUGACAGUUUCACAGUAUAUUCCUUUUUUCUUUUUUUUUUUUUGCAUGACUGUACCUUUAUUUAGGUUUAUAGUGGAUUAUUCUACUGUCAGGAGUACAUAGACUAUAAAAACAGUUUAAUGCCAUCAUGUAUGUACUGAAAGCUUUGAUUACUAUAUGGUUUUCUUGGCCGAACCAAAUGAUACAAUAAAAUAACUAUAUGCAUGAAAUGGUAGCAGAAUAUAAACACGUUUAAACUGCAAUAUAGCAAAAACAGAAUUUGAAAAUAAUAAAUAAGAUAUGCCAACAACUUUGCCUCCCUUUCAAAAAAUAGUUGUAAAAACACUAUAAAGUAUACAAACAGAUAUUUCUUAAAUGUUCUAUUGCACAAGUAAGAAACAUGACGUGGCAGAUAGUUAGGUAACAAUGACUUACAGUAGUUGUUUUAGCGAUGUACCCGUAAGAAAAAUUCAUAUCAUUAAAACCGGUAUACUGGUUCAUCCAGUAUAUCAACCAGUACUCUGAAGAUGUGUAUAGAAACAUUGUUUUAUUUCACCUUUAACAAAGAAAGGAAUUAAUCAAGUAAUGUAAGUAUUAACUUCAUGUCCACUGUGGGUAAAAAUGAGGCAGUUCGAAUAAAAAAGGGAAAUAACUGACAAAAUCAAAUACUUUUUACAGGAAAAAAUCAGUUAAAACUACUUUACAGCUUUUUUCUGAACAUUUGCUAUAUUUACAAUUGCCUUACAAUUUAUUCAGCAUUAUUAACAAUUGCUGAAUUCAGAAAAAUCAUCUGCAGCCUCUACUGAGCUUGGCACAGUUCUCUGAUUUGUCCAGCAGAGGGAGAUAGAUGUUUGAUAUUAGAUCACAGAGGCAACUGUCCCAUCCAGUCAGUAGUUGUGAGGGGACACAUCUUAUUAUGUAUGUUAUCACAGAUCUCUACUUCAGUGGGUUUAUUAGUGGGUUUAUUUUGAUUGAAGUAGCCGACAUAUUGCUGGGUUUAUUCACUGUAGUUCUUAUCUGUUUUCUUGUACACAAACAGAUAUUUAAAAAUGUUAGAGGAUUAAAACAAAAGCCAUGUUACUGUAAACGGCGGGAAGAUAUACAGUAUUUUAGUUUUUGCUGAAAAAUGCGAAAGAUUCUUCCCAAAGGGUCUACUUUUAUGAAGGUGGACUUUUAGCACACAAAUACACUGAGAACCACAGACACAAAGUAUCUCACUUCACCUCUAGAGCCAGAUAUUAAUAGACUGUUGGCACAUUGCCUUUACUGUGCCAGAGGGACAAAAGAAGCAACCUUAAAAAAAGGAAAAAAUAUUAGUGCUUUGCAGUACUUUUAAAAACCACAGUAUACACAAUACAAUAAUAAUUAACACUUCCCAGGAGAUUCAGUCAGUAAAGCUUCAAAUACCUGCAUCUAUGGCAUCUGGCAUUGGUCAAUAUAGUAUACCACAAUGCUAUUUGACAAUAAGAGGAAAUAAUAAUAACAAAAUUAUAAAUAAUCAAGUAAAAAUCUAUUCAUCUACAAAAGUUUGCUUCCAUUACGUCAUUCUUCAUCAUGAAAGUGAACAAAAAAAUUACUGUAUGAUUCUGUAAAAUGCAUCAUUAAUCGGAAAUAUCUGAAUUUACAUAAACAUUUCCAAAAGGAUUGCAUUGACUUUUAUCUUGACUGUGUCUGUGGUAGGUAAAGUAGUUUAUGUAUUAUUGCCUUUUUGUACUAUUUCUUUUUAUCACAUUAGGUAUCGAGACCUUGACUGUUUUUAAAUGUGCUACAUUAAUAAACUGAUGUGCCUUUUCACUUUUA